AGCUAGAAGGAAAAACGAUGCCUCGCUAUGAUGAUAAAUACAAUACACGCCUGUAUGUGGGACGCUUGUCCCAUAACACCCGUUCCCGUGAUCUGGAGCGUGCUUUCAGCAGAUAUGGAAGGUUUCUGUGGUUUUCCCUAAACCUGGAGGUCUGUGUUGGGAGGUUGGCCUUGGUGGAAUUGAUGGAAAUUCCUGUCGAGUGUUGACUUUGGCGAUUCUUUCUGUAAUGUUAUUGCGUGUUUUUUAUGGAAAUGGCAACAAUCACAAACUGGUGUUUAGUCCGUCUUUGAGGGGCGUUGUAUACAGCUCCAGUAGUUAAGUAAUGAUGGCCUUACUGUUUCUGGAAACCAUUUCCGCAGAGUUCGAGGUGUGGAUAUGAAGAACGAUUUCGCCUUUGUUGAAUUUAGUGAUCCUCGAGAUGCGGAGGAUGCCAGAUAUAACUUGGAUGGCCGUGACAUUGAAGGAAGUCGUAUUAUUGUCGAAUUUGCCAAGGGGGGUCCUCGUGGUUCCCGUGAAUACUUGGGUCGGGGUCCACCUCCUGGAUCUGGACGAUGCUUUAACUGUGGCAUCGAUGGUCACUGGGCCCGAGAUUGCAAAGCUGGGGAUUGGAAGAACAAAUGCUACCGCUGUGGGGAAAGAGGUCAUAUAGAGAAGAACUGUAAGAACAGUCCCAAAAAGAUGAGCAGCAGGCGUGGACGGAGUUUGUCACGAUCACCCGUCAGGUCAUAUUCUCCUCGUCGUGGGAGAAGCAGGGAUCGGAGCUACAAUCGUGAGCGUAGCUACAGUCGAUCGAGAUCCCCUGUGAGAAGAGCAAGAAGCCCAGUUUCUGAAGAUAGGUCACGGAGUCCUCGGCCCUCCAAGAUAAGGGAGCAUAGUGCAUCACCUGAGCGUGGCAGCCCACAGAAGAAAAGUGACAUAUCUCCCCGUAAUGAAGAUAGGUUGGUGACCCAGCGAGAUGGAUCUGACUUCAGUGAUGGUCCAAGAGGUAAAAGUAGAAGCCCUGCUAGCCCUGCAAGGAACCACCACAAUGAGAGGGCUUAUGAGAGCCCUAAAUCUAAUGGGCGUAGCCGGAGCCCCACCCGGAGCCCUAGGGAUGACAGGAGCCCCAUUGAUGAAGAUGAUGACAACCAUCGUCGCUCACAGUCACCUUAGAUAGUGCUUUUUGAUAAGAGGUCAGGAUUGGCCCAGUUUACAUCUGGAUUCUAAAUUGCACUCCUGUUUAAUUGUGACUUUUGUUCAUCAAAACAUUUUAUGUGUAUGCAUGCUAUUAUUCAGAUUCUUGCGUUCAACUAGCUUGUGUGUCAUGACUAGAAUAUGGUGCAUGAAUUAGUUUCGAGGGUUGGGAUAUUUUAAACCAUUAUAAAUUAUUGUUAGAAAUUUAAAUCUUGAAUGUUUUGAA